UGUAGCUUAGGGAGUUAUUCAAGCAUUAAUGCACAGACCAUUGUUCUAUUUGUCCUUACUUUUCUACUUCUUAUAUAACUUUUCUGCUGACAAAUCUCAUGGCUACUGCUUAGCUAUAAUCACAGCUCUGCUGUCUCCAUGGCCUGCCUUUUGCAGCUUUCCCAAAACCCUCUGAUUUUAAGGAUUCCCACAGGGGAUGCAGCAGGAAGCUCUUGGCACAGCUGCUCAGCCCUUCUGAGCCCGGGGGGCCGCAGCUGCCCCUCAGGCUGUGAGGGAGAACAGCAGCAGCCUCUUUGAGCAGCUGCAGCCUCCUGCAGGUGCCUCCCGAGCCUCCUUUGCUCCAGGCUGAACAUGCCCAGCUCCCUCAGCUGCCCCUCAUCACACCUGUGCUCCGGACCCUGCACCCGCUCCAGUGCCAUCUCUGGACAUGCCCCAGCCUCAUAGUGCGGCCCCAAACCUGAGCCCAUGAUUCCAGAUGCACUCUCAGCAGAGGACAUUGGUCCUAAGUCAUAGAAUAUUCUGAGCUGGAUGGAAAGGAUCCAUGAGGAUUGAUCCUAAAGUACGCCAAAAAUUCUCACAGUGGUGUUCAAAUGUUGGGAGCAGCAGAAGAAAGACAGACAUUUUUGAUAUCAGAGCAUCAAACAACCUGAAUUCAUAAAUGAAGAAAUAGGUUAUGAUGGAAUAAACCUAAUUUAUUUAUAUAUUGCUUUCCAUCAUUUUAAAACUUGGCUUUAUGUGAUUGGUUUUUAGCAUUUGUCGCUUUCCUUUUCUUGAGUAGAAAUGAAACAGUUCAUUUGAAAAUAACACCAAGAUGUACCUGCCACUGGCCAUGAUGAAGGCCAUCAAUAAUGGCAGUAAUGCCUCUGGGAUAAAAAAGUCAAGGGAAAAAAAAAAAAUAGAUGGCCCAGAUUGCAGCCAGAGAAGAGACCACAAUGCCAAGAGAGAGUCUCAGGGAAGUUGCCAGUGGGGAUGGAUAUGAUGAAGGCAAGAAGCAGGAGUGGGCCAUCAGCAGCAAUUCCUCACAGCAGCACAGCAGGCCAAGGGAGCCUCCUCACAAGAGCCAAGAGGCCAGAGCUCCUCAGGACACUCAUCUGCCCACAAAAAUGCAACAGCCAGAAGCCUCCUUUGCAUACCAAGGAGACCUUUUAAGUACUGCAAGGCCAGGAGGCAAUAUUAAGUAAGUACUUUAGUGCUUAAAGUAAGAGAAUCCCUUAAGGCUUGGAAAUCCAGCAUUAGGCAAGGGAAAACGAGACGCGGGGUUUUAUGUCCUUUAAAACAAAACUGUACAUUUAAGGAGGAUGAAGUAGAAAUUCUGUAAUAAAACACAGAAGAAAUGUGAAGUGAAACGAAAGCUCUGCUUUUAUUUCCAAAGACUGUAGAAGUUCAUAUGGAGCCAUUGGGUUAGGUGGGAAAGAGGCUGGGCAGGGCAGGGGGGCUCAGUGGCACAGGCUGGCCCCCGCCUUGGGGACAGCCCGGGUGCUGCUGCCAGGCUGGCCUGGGUUCCCGCAGUGCAGCGGGGGGAGGGAGGUGUGGGCAGGUUCCAGCAGGGUUCCAAGGGUUCCAUGACCUCUGACCCCUCCGUGGCACCUGGACACCGCGCCUGGGACAUUCCGUUGGCUCUCAGGCUCUGCCAACGGCAGAACCGUCUUUGGGCAGCGCCCCGCUGGCUGCAGCAGGACAGAGCGAGCGCAGCUCCGUUCGGGGAGCACUGCUUGGCCAGAAAACCUGCUCGCAGCGCCUUUAUUGCCACCGGGGAGCCAUCCCUCGUCCCCAAGGCCGGCUUGUGCCAGAGAGGCUGACUCAAACUGAGACUUCGUAAUGGAACCGACAGACAACCAGAACAGUGACAAUAGCUGGAGCUACAACAGAGACUUGCUCCGCAUUCUAGAGCAAGACAGGCGGAGGAGGCAGGUGGCUCCAGAGAAAGAUCCAUUCUUGGAGAAUACUCCCAUCUUUCCCAAGCCCUACAAGACCAAUAAAGAAGAUGAGCUGUCAAGGCGCAUUAAGAAGGUGCUGCGCAAUGUAGACCCCAAGUUCUUGUUCCUGGUCCAUGACUCCCCUCUGAUUCCCCUAUGGAUUCCAAAAAAGCCCAAAAUCAAGUCACAGACCCAGAGUCAUAGGCCAGCCUCCAGUAAGACAAACCCAUAUGAGGACAUAUGGAGAGAAUCCUCACCAGAAUCACUGGACCUCACACCUGAGCAGAGCUAUGAUGCCUGUGAUACAGAUCUCUCAAAGCAGAGGUCAGAAGCCAAAGCUCCACAAUCUGAAAUCCUUCCUGAGCCUGUCAAGAAAAAGAAGCUCAUUGAUGUGCCAUCCACUGGAAAAACUUUGAAGGUUGUGGAAAAGCCAUCUUCUUCACUUGCUUCUCCAAGAGCUCUCCAGUCCCAGCACAAGAGGAUGACACCAGCACAGCCCAGCAUCUCGGAGUCAAAGAGCACCAGGGACUGCCACAGCUCCUCAGUCUCUGCACUUCCAAGAGCACCAGCAUCUGAGCCCAUCGUGCACAUUCAUGCGCAGUCCGUGGAAGAAAUAAUGAAGGAAAUGAGCAGCCCCCUGUCACCUCUCCUGCCACCUCUUCAGUCACCUGCUAGAACAGACACUUCCAAAUUUCCACUGCAGGCAAAGGCAAAGAAGCCCUCUGAUGUGCCAUUGAUUGAAGAAAUUUUUAAGGAAAUGAACAGCUCACCACCAUCUCUUCUGUCACAUCUCCAGAUGCCUACAAGAGCAGAGACUUCCAAACUUCCAUUGGCAACAAAGGAAUUCCAACCUGAUGGAUCUGCAGCACAGAAGCAGAAGCAGGCUGGCACAGCUUCAGAAACGUUGCUGAGUUCUCAGCCAAGGACAUCAGCUCUCCAGUCCCAGCACAAGAGGAUGGCACCAGCACAGCCCAGCAUCUCGGAGUCAAAGAGCACCAGGGAGUGCCACAGCUCCUCAGUCUGUGACAGAGAGAUCAGCUCCAGUGACAGUGAGGACAGCCUUCCAAGGGUGCUGGACCUCCCAGCAUCUAAGCCUGAGCCACCAGCUUUUAACAAGUGGUACCUUCACAACAUAGUGACCCAGAUAAAGCGAGGAGCAGUACAAAGAGAGGGUCUCAGGGAAAUUACCCAUGGGAAUGGACAUGAGGAGGGUGUGAAGCAGGAGCAGGGCAUCAGCAGCAAUUCCUGCCAGCAGCACUCCAAGGCAAGGGAGCCUUCUUACAAGAGCUGUGGCCAAGUGGCCAAGGAUUUCCACAAGACCUUUGCCCAAGUGGCUGAAGACACUCACAAGACCUCUGGCCAAGUGACAAAGGCUCUUCAGGAAUCUCAUGUUACGAGCACACACAGCUCUCUAAAGCCUCUUGUGCACACCAAGGAGGCCUUGCCCAGGAAGAUUGUGGGUAUCAAAAGGCCCAGCGAGCCCCUGGAGCAUGACAAAUCCAAAAAAGUCCUGAAGCUGGAGAGUGAGCCUGGUCACUCUCAGAGGUCAGAGUUGGAGGUCAGAGACCAGUCCUUCAAAGACAAGCUGAAAGUCCAAGAAGCAGAGAAACCAAAUCCUGCUUUCAGAAAAGGCGUGAAGCUGGGAGUGCAAAAACCCUCUAAGAACAGGGAGGACAAGGACCCUGACAAGAGCUUUGUCCACAUGCCCAAGGUUCCUGACCAGAGUUGUGGCCAAGUGGCCAAGCCUACUCACGAAUCUGACAUUACAUCCAAGCCCAGCUUUCUGAAGCCUCCUGUGAACACCAAGGAGGCCUUGCCCAAGGAUACUCUAGGCAUCAAAAGGCCAAGUAUGUCCCAGGUACAUGACGAAUCCAAGAGAGUCUGGAAGAUCAAGAAUGAGACUGGUCUUUUGCAGGUCAUAGACCAGUCUUGCAAGGACCAGCCCAAAGUCACAGUGAAGCCAAAAGCCAUUGACAAAAAAGACCUGAAGCCGGCACUUCACAAGCCCUCUGAGAAGAGAAAGGGCUCCCACCAGGUCAACACCACAGGCUUUUUGGAGCCCAGGCUCCUGAGACAUGCUCAGGAGUAUGAUGCCCUCAUGCCCAGUGGCCACAGGCCUGGGGAUUUACACAAAGGGAAAGUGCCCUUGCCUCCUGGGGAGAAGAAGUUAUUCCCGCCUGCAAGGGAGGUAGACAUGAAGAGGAAAGCCAUGAGGAGUCCUGAGGAGUCCCCCAGAAAGAAGAGGGAAGACAAGGGGGAUACUCCCAGGAAGAAAAAGGAAUGAGACAAAAAAUUCCCAACAAAAUAAUUUCAGCUUUCAGCAAACAAAGGCUCCAAUAAGCUGAAAGCAUCAGAAAAUUCAUUCCAAACUGAGAGGAAAAAUGUGGUGCUGCCACCACUACCGGCCAUGACUGCUGCACAACGUGCAUCAAAUUC